AAGGGGUGCUAUUGGAUAUGUUAGUCAAGCUUGAGUGAAAAUGGCAAACUUUCAAUGCAGUAGUUGAUUUUUCUUUUCAAUGCAGCAGUUGAAAUGAUCCAUUCAGUAAGUGGCAAGGUCAGAAACUAGACGAGUUCAAGAAGGAACAGAAUUUAAUUAAUCUUUUGAGGUGUGAAAGAGAUCGAUCAGUUAGGAGGAAAGGAUCAAAAUGACAGGUGAGGAGGAAGUAAAGGCUGCUGAAAAGAAAAAUGUCUUGGUUGGCAUUCGAAUGGACAGCCAUAGCAGAGAGCUGCUCAGCUGGGCUCUUGUGAAAGUAGCCAAGCCUGGAGAUUGCGUGGUUGCAGUUCAUGUUUGUCGAAGUCCUGAUCAGGCUUCGGAAAACAAGAACUUGUUGGAUUGUUAUUUAGAAGUUUAUGAAGGCUUGUGUACUGUAAAGAAGGUUGAUCUCACCGGUCAUAUCUUCACAGGAAGUUCAGUCCGAAGGGUUCUGGCGAGAGAAGCAAAGAACCAAUCUGCAGUGGCAGUUGUUGUAGGGAUAAGCAAGCAAAGCGCUCUCGGGGGUUGGGCUUCCAUAGCCAAAUAUUGCACCAGGAGACUCCCUUCAACAACUGAUGUUUUGGCUAUCCAUAAGGGAAAAAUUGUCUUCAGAAGGUUCACCAAUAAUCAACUACCAGGCUUUAAAGGAGUUCCAAAACCAAGUUUCACUCAUAUAGAAGUUCCCACUUCCAAAGAGUGCCCAUCUGAAUUUGGUGACUCCGAGGCAGAGUCUGAGAAAUCUGUUUGUGAAGUGGUUCAAAACUCCAGAGACGGUUUAAGACAUGAUGGGGAAAACUUGAAGGAUGAAGUUUUCAACCUCGCAUGCGAACAUAACAAACUUGCUUUGAUAUAUACAGGAGACCCUUCAGAGCAGAGACUUGGUUGGCCGUUACUCCGUAGCACUAGUUCAUCGAUUCCACAAACUCCACAUGCAAGGAAAAUGUCUGUGGUGCAAUGGGUAAUGAGCUUACCAGAUCGUUCCCCAGAGCUUAGUCAUGAUCAGUGUUCAACUAUCAAAGAAACUGCGUUGGAAAGAGAUAUCGGAGACAUUUUGCAUGAGAGUGCCAAAAAUAAUGGUGCCUCUGCAUUGCGUGAGCUGCCAAAAGGCUUGGAGCAUCUCCUCAAAUCAGACUCAUCAGGCUGCAAAUGGUUCGGUCAUGAGGUUCUGAAGACUGCAACUUCUCAGUUCUCUUCAGAAAAUAUGAUUGGGAAAGGAGGUUGUAAUCGUGCAUAUAAGGGAAUUCUUCCAGAUGGAAAGCCAGUGGCAGUAAAGAUUCCGAAGUCAACGAAAGAAGCAUGGAAGGAUUUUGCCCUUGAAGUUGAUAUCAUCUCCUCACUGAAGCACAAACACAUCAUGCCCUUGCUUGGGGUCUGCAUCGAAGAUAAUGCUCCAAUCUUGGUUUAUGACUACCUGUCUAAAGGAAGCUUAGAGGAAAACCUUCAUGGUAAAAACAAAGACAAAUCUGUGUUGUCAUGGGAAGUGAGAUUUAAGAUAUCUGUUGGAAUUGCUGAAGCUCUAAAUUACCUACAUAACGAAUGCCCUCGGCCUGUUAUUCACAGAGAUGUCAAGUCUUCAAACAUUCUACUCUCUGACGAGAUGGAACCACAGUUAUCUGAUUUUGGGCUUGCGAUAUGGGGACCAACAAAUUCAUCAUUUAUGACUCACGGCGAUGUAGUAGGAACAUUUGGUUAUCUUGCUCCUGAAUAUUUCAUGUAUGGGAAAGUAAGUGACAAGAUUGAUGUGUAUGCCUUUGGUGUAGUUCUUCUUGAAUUGUUAACAGGGCGAAAAUCAAUUGGUUCUGAGACUCCCAAAGGACAAGAGAGCUUGGUCAUGUGGGCAAAGCCAAUAAUAGAGAGUGCAGAUGCAAAAGGCAUAUUGGAUCCAAAUUUAGAGGGAAACUAUGAUGAGGUUCAGCUGCAGAGAAUGGUUGUUGCAGCAAACCUCUGCAUCACACGGGCGGCUAGGCUUCGCCCUAACAUCAGUCAGAUACUGAAGCUCCUAAAAGGGGAUAAAUGUGUUGAAGAAUUGGUGAAUUUCCAGAAGGGUGAUCUUAAGGAUGAUUCAGAAAACCUGGAAAACAAUGAUGACGAGGUCUAUCCGAACUCUAGUGCAGAGUUACAUUUGAGUCUUGCACUACUUGAUGUUGGCGAUGAUACCACAUCAUAUAGUAGUGUGGAUCAGAGCAACAGUCUUUCUUCAGAAGAAUUCUUGAAAGAUAGAUGGAGCAGGUCAUCCAGUUUUGAGUAGCUUCAGCUUUACUUGAACAUAAAAGGGGAACAAAAAAAAAGGAGAGAAUAAUUAUAGUUGUUCCUCCAAAAUACUACUUCACUCUUAGCAAACACAAAUUUGCUUAACUUUGCCAGAUGUGUAGUUUGUACUUUUAGGGAUGAGGAAAAGAACUGUUGGCAUCCAAAUGGUGAGGUGUUUCAUAGAUGUAAAAAAACAAA